AUGGCAGUAGCGAUGCAAAAUAAGGAGGUGGCAGCGCAUCUAGGCAACCUGCACGAGCCCAUGAUGAGGGCGCUGUAUCGAUGUCGACAGAACGUGUCCGAUCCAGAGAUUCUAAAGACCUUGAACAUCGUGUUAAGUCGGUUCCAGCUCGCUGGCAUAUCGUAUCAGCCACAUCUCUUGUUCAUGGCGUUGAAGUUUGCCGCCAGGGCAAGAAGCUUACCGGCAAUGAAGAGACACUUGAAAGCCAUCCGUGAAGCUGGUCUUCCCAUGUCAAGCAAUCUCUUCCGUUCUGUUAUUGCCAAGUUCAGCAUUGGUCAUCGGGGCCUGGGCGAGAUCAGGAAUGGUCGUUGGAGGCGGCGGGACCUGCAACAAGUUAUCAAGGGAUUCGAAGAUGCCAAGGAUCUGCCGCCCGAACAACAGUACCACUUCGGCUCUUUCCUGGACCGCACAGAUUGGCAAUACCUGCACGGAUGGAUUGCUGUAUUGGCUCGAUGUAGAGACAGUGAUGCCGUCUGGGAAGAAUACGAGCUCUGGAAACAAAGCGAUUCAUGCAACAACCCGAAGAAACUGCUCCUCAAACAUUCCAACAAGACGAUGACAAGCAAAACCCGAGGCGACCUGUGGUUCAUCGAACAGAUGUUGUGCUGCGGAGACGCGGCGCGGGCUUGGAAGAUCAUCGCCGAAACUGACACCGAGUUCCACCUUCUCAAGCCAACGGUGAAAGAUCGGCUUCUGGAUAACAUUGAAUACGCCACUGUAUGGACCCAGGAGGUGAGAGAUGAAAUGAUUCGCAAAUACGAUCGCGAUCUGCAUGAGAUAGAGCAGGCUUUCGGGGUCAAGUGGGUUAGGACCGGUCCCGAUGGCGAAGGUCAGCAUGAACUCUACAUGGAUCAGGAGGAAGCCCUCGACAAAUUGGGGGACGAAAAAUGGAAGCAGAAUGAAGAACACGGAUAUCCCUAUGAUUCUGACGGGCUAGUCCCUGACGAAGAGCGAGCUCUUCGUGACGCAGUCGAAGGGAACGCGGUCAAAUAG